AUGAGUUGUUCAGCUGCUUGGGCUGCUUGUGUUUCCUUCCACACUGUUGUCUGUUGUCCAUGGCUUGGUGGAAUGAUGGGAUCGAUAUGCGAUAUAUUGGCAUAUGAUGACAGCGAAGAGUGUUGGUCGGCAUAUGCAACUAUUCGUCAACAUGGCAAUACUGAAAUGUAUUGGAUUCCUCGUGAAUGGGUGCAACGGAUUGUCGUGAACAAGGUAAAAAAUUUUUGUUUUGAUGUCUUCCGAGUUUUGCUGUCGACAAAUUCUAAAACGUUCGGACUGUAAACUUGUACAAUGCCAAAGUCAUAUGAUAGCCAAAUAUCUACACGUUGAUAAAUAUUAUUUUCAUGUGGGAUGCGGACCAUGUCAUGAUGAUAAUUCAACAGUUAUAGCCGAUUUAUCAAUUUUUGUGGGAUUAAAACAAUUAGUUUUGGCUCUUGAUUCUACUGUUUAUGGGGAUGUCAGACAUAGGAUGUGUGCAUUUACAUGUGAUGAACCCUUGAUAUAUCGUACAUUUAAGCAUGAAGACGGUCAUUUGAUUUUUUCUGAAACACCAUUAGAUAGUGAAUAUAUAUUAAAACUUUUAGAACAUAUACUUAUGUGUAAGAUAUGUAAUGAAAAAUUGAAAGAUUUUUUACGUUUGUUAGAUGAAUGUGUGAGUUGUACGAAACCCUGUAAAGAUUAUAUGUAUGUAACAUGUGAAUUGUAUUUUGAAAGUAUACCCUGUAAUAUAUUUGUAAUUGAUGGAGAGUUUGAUGAGAUGCGUGACAAGGCUUAUAGAGCAUUAGCUAGUAAAAUAGAUAAGACACAGAUGUUUUAA